AUGAAAAAAUCAAUUGGAGAAAUAAGAAAGAAAAUGAAUAAACAUUUAAAUCAUCUGGAAAAGAAGUUAUGUCAAGAAAAAGAUUUCAUAUGGAAUCAGGAAAAAUCAAAAGCAAUUGAUUUCAUUUCCGAAAUUGAAGGAAAAUCUAAAAAUUUGAAAGAAAUGAAAGAACAUUUAAAAACAGUUACAACACAUAGUUCUAAACUACAAUCAUUUCUUAGUGUACAUAAGAUUGAACAACAAGUACAUCAAUAUCAAAGAUUUGUUGAAAAUCUUGAAAAAGAUGAGAGAGUAAAAGAAGUUGACAUCAAAAUUAAACAAAAUGAUGAGAUAGAAAAGAUACUUGGCCAGUUAGAAUCAUUAGAUUCUCUUGGAGAAGUAAUGGUUGUUGAGACAAAUGUAGUCACGAACAUAGGAACAGGUUUGAUGAGGGGAUCACAAGGAGAAUCCCGGGAACAAUCCAGCAUCAACAACAUGACAAUGAAUAUUGAGACAGAGAUGGCGAUUGACACUGCGAGCUAUAUUAGUGACAUGAUAUGUCUGAUAGAUGGAAGAAUUAUAGUUGUUGAACAUUUAGGUGAAGUUAAUAUACUUACUUCUGAUGGCAAACCUCAAUUAAAACUAUCUGGUAAAGCCUGGAGUGUAACACAGAUCGAUCAGAACACUAUCGCUAUUACUUAUCCUUAUGAAAGAGCCAUUAAGAUCUUCAACAUGGAGAAUGAAACAGUUACCAACGUUAUCACAUUAGACAAUGAAUGCUGGGGAUUAUCAUUCUCCAAUAAUUCUCUGGCUGUAGGUUUGUUUGAUGAUGAAAUCUGUAUUAUAGACUUGGAUGGAAAUACAUUGAGGUCAAUACAAGUUGAGAGUAAAUCGGACCUGGAGAACCUUGUUUUCUGUAAUGACAGAGUAAUCUAUAGUGACUUAAAUGGUAAAGCAGUAUGCUGUUAUGACGGUUUAGGUAAACAGAUUUGGCAAUAUACACAGGAAUUAUCAGAACCUGAAGGACUUUGUACAGAUAAUUAUGGUAACAUUAUUGUAACAGAUUGUAGAUCUCAGAAAAUACUAGUUAUAUCAAAAGAUGGACAGGAGAGUAAAGUACUGAUGAACUUUCAAGAGAACGAACUGAACUCUCCAAUGUGUGUUUGUUUUAUCAAUAACGAGUCUUCAGGUGUUAUUUGUGAUACAUAUGGUAAAUACUUAGCAAAAUUCAAUUUGUCUCAUGGAUAA